CGCGAGUAGAGAAUUUCUCCUGCCUGCUCACGACCGCCCUCUCGCCGGUCGCCGGUCGCCGCUCGCAACGCAAGUCGGAAGAGGAAUCUCUCCAAGCUCCAAUCCUCCGAUCCUGCCCCAACCCAAGUCCCCUCCACCAGGCCGCACACCUCCGCCGCCCGGCGCGACCUUGCAUCCACCAGCCUGCCCUCUCCUUCGCGUGAGGCGGCCCCGGCGACCGCGUCGGCAGUGCAAGACCAGACCGAGGCUUCUCCCGUUGGAAGGUUCCAGCCAUGGCGAGCGCCGAUCUGCUGCGGAAGGAGGAGGAGUUCUACUCCUCCCUCUUUGAUUCCGCAAAAGGCGACGGCGUCAAGUCGCGCUCGCAGGUGAUUGAGAGGAAGAUUGAAUCCCUCGAGGACAUGGCCACCAAGGUCAGCAACCGGAGAUCAAGAAGAUGGUUGAACGACCGCUUGCUGAUUGAGCUUGUCCCACGCCUUCAUGUUGAAGAAAUCAAAGGCCUCUUUGCUCCUCCACCAUGGGGUGAGGAGCUGCCCUUGUCAGCAUUCUGCAGGACAAGUGUUAGUGACUGGGAGGCCUUCAGGAGCAUCGACAUGGAUGCUGAGGCAAGAUUGAUGCAACACAUGAAACGAUCAUCCGAAAAACAAAGGACUCAUGUCGACGAAGAUGAAUUGAUUGCUCUGAAUGCUUGGCGUCGUAUAGGUCGCCAAACAAGAGAAGCUAUUAAGAAAAAAUUUCUACCUGAUCUACUUCAAAUAUAUGAAGAACAGGUUAGGGCCUUCAUUGAAGGUACUGGUGACAGCGACGUGCUUGUGCUGAAUGUCCAGGACCCGUUCCAGAGGCUGCUUCUGCACGGUGUUUGUGAGUUCUAUAACGUAACCUCAAUGACCACAAGCAGUGUAAGGGACGGGAAGCCAUGGAAGAGCACCACCAUCAAGAAGAGGCAUGUCACCGGUCUUCCUCCGAGAAUCACAUUAGUUAGCUUCCUGAGGAUGAGGAAGAAUUAGUCGUCCCAGUAACAUGUGGAUGUGAGGGUCCUACACUAAUUCGCCUGGAUGUGUACUAAAAAGACAAAUUUGUUGCUUUAGGUCGCAUCUAGCAUGUAAUCAAAUGUAAAAUAUCCAUGUCAAAUGUAAAAUACAUUGCAAGACCUUGUUCCAGAUGAAGAAACUCAAAAGUGUAAGCCCCUACUUCUAUCACUGAGUCUAUGAAAGAGGCUUAAGCC